AUGAAGACUAAAGCAGAAACUACGGAUAUACUUGAUGACUGGGUAGUGUCCAGGAUCGACCACAGCUAUGAGAAUCCAAACUUUGGCUUCGUUGAAACCCUGUAUCAGACCUGCUCAGCUGCUCUUAAGAGCACCUUGAAGAAAGAUAUAGCGAGCAUCCAGUUUUGGGAAGAGAAUUUCCCUGUUGGCCACCUUGAUACCAUCCUGGCAGAGUCGAGCGGCUUGAAGAUCCGUGUCCUCGAGAACCUCAGAGGCAUUGGCAAGAUUCUCAUCGCCUUUUUCACGGACUACGAUGAAGUGAUAUUCAGCACACAAAACGAGCGUAAUCCAGAAUGCAACUUUGCAAAUGACUUGUUAAUACAAGUAGAAAAGGCUGCGCUGAUGCUUGAUGUUGAAGAAAAAUCUGAGCGAUCGUCGGAUGACGAGACGGACGACGAUUCCUCCCCAGCCACCGAACGCAUAUAUACUCCUUGCAGUGCAAGACGGAAGCUCAAUAUGUUCCGAUUGAGACUACUUUUCGUUUGUCUCAUCGUGCGCAACCCUACGCCAUGCGUAUUCGCGACCGGUCGGUGUCCUUACCGGUUCCAUUUCUCCCAUACUGACAUCUACGCAAGAUUUGCAAACGCACCUACCUCUCUUGUAGAGCGAUUGGCAGAAGCUAACUUGCAAAGAUCAAUCCGGCUUCGAACGCAAGAAGAAGAGAAGGAAGAAGUGGACGACCACACGAAUCAUGACUCCGGUCUUGGGACAUCUAUUCCUACAAUGUCGCAGUAUGCUGCUACUGUCGCUUCCCAUACUUCAUUCCUCUCGGUCGCUGGAGAAGAAGCCCUUGGUCGCCCCCGAGUUCCCCCUCUACCGCAGGAAGGCGGACGUCCAUUUCGAUGCGAUUACUGUCACAGGACCAUCUCAAUGCGAAACCGAAUAGAGUGGAAGAUGCAUGUCUUUGCUGAUUUGGAGUCGUACAUUUGCACACACGAGGACUGCAGGGACGUAUUCAAAACAUUCCCAACCCGUCAACUAUGGGCAGAUCACGAAUUCAAUGCGCACUUUACUCUGAUUCGAUGGCGUUGCUUCAUAUGCAGCAUCGCACUCAACACUGCGGAACGCUUUGUUGAACAUUUGGCUCAAGAGCAUGGUAGUGUACUAACAGGUCACUGCGUCACGGCCGCAACUUCAGAAGCGCGAGAGACAGUCCUGACACCUGGGUUCGGGAACUACAAGUGCCUGUUAUGCUUACAGGAUGGUUGGCAUACCAGGAAAGGAUACACGACUCAUGUCGGGCGGCAUCUAGAGGAGAUAUCUCUGGCAUGUCUCCCGAGAGAUGAGGAAGACAGUAGUGACGAUGACUUGGAUACAAACAUAUCCCACGCCCUCAGCGAUGUUGAUGAGCCUACUUCCACCUCUGGAGAAAGCUAUGGGGUUGAUGCGAAUUCUACAGCCCUGACACCGGCGCCUCAGGGUAAUCCUUGUAUUGCUACAGACGCCAAGAUCGAGCUGGGUGUCCACCGAAUGGCGGAGGCCACUUUGCCACAGGAGAAGGAAGCUGUGGAGAAAAAUGCUCCACCACAUACGUCGCACCCCAGAGGUUACCUCGGAAGAGCGAAGGAGGGGAUGUAUGUAUUUGGAUCCACAGAAGCUGAGCCAGGCAUGGCGACAACCGAACCCUCCGAGGUUGGGUAUGGGUCUCUACCAACCAGUCACUGGUCUGUUCAUGAGCAACGCGAUUUCCCUCGCCUGCUAGCACACUUUGGCCGUGACUUCGAGGGCAUCUCGAAUUUCAUGAAGUCCAAGACGCCGGUUAUGGUGAAAAAUUACUACCAGCGGCGCCUUGACUCGGGAAACAGAUAUUUCGAAGAGACUGCGCUGACGGCGGAGGAAAGGAAAUCUCGCGGUGAACCAACUGGUCCUCUUCCAGUCCUCAACGCUGCUCCGAUGCGCCAUUAUGGAGCAACACGAUCGACCAUUGCCCCACACCCACCUGCUCCUCAUGGCCAUACUAGAGCACCUGCCGGCUCGAUGACGGGCGGCAUACUUGCUCUGAAACCCUCUGCAGAAGGCUCUCCUAGAAAAUGUGUCAUCUUUGUCCAGUGCAAUAAGUCCAUCGUUAUAGUAGAGCAGCAACAUAUUACUCGCUUAGUGGAAAAAUGA